AUGCCUCCAAAACGCAAGGCCAACACCGCCAACCGUGCAAAGAAAUCAGACACAAUCUUCUUCUACAUGCCCAACGACAAGCCACACGGCGUGUUCUGCCAGUGGCGCGCAUCCCCCAUCGUCUACGGCCCAACAAUAACCUUCUCCUGCGCCGAGCAAUUCCUCAUGUUCUGCAAGGCCAUCUACUUCUCCGACGAACCAUCCUGCACGCUUAUCAUGGCCACGUCCGAUCCCAAAGAGCAGAAGAGGCUCGGCAAGCAAGUCGCAGGCUUCGAUGAGAUGAAGUGGGAUGUCGUGAAGAGCCGCGUGGCGCGGGUGGGCAACUGGUACAAGUUUACGCACCCUGCGAACCGGGCGAUGAAGGAUGUGCUGCUUGGUACGGGGGAGCGUGAAUUGGUGGAGGCGGCGAGUAGGGAUCGAGUGUGGGGCGUGGGGUUCAAUGCUAAUCAUGCGGAGAGCCAUCGGAGGGAGUGGGGGCUGAAUCUGCUGGGUAAGGCACUGAUGGAUGUGCGGGAUCGGUUGGGGGAGAAGGUCAGGGCUGAGGCGGAGUAUGUGGUUGUUGAGUGGGAUUGGGAUGGGGAGUUGGGGGAGGAGCGCAAAGGCAUAGGUGGUGCACCGGACAUGGGGGAUGAUGCUAUGGAGGAGUAG